AUGGCUUCCAACACCAAGGACUCGUUGCUGUCGCGCCACUACAUCGACUAUGUCUAUGUCCCGGCCGUCCUUCUCGUCGCGGGGACCCUGAUUGUCAAGAGGGAAUGGGUUCCGUACUCGGCUGCUCUGGCCCUGGUGCUGGGCGCCUACAACUUCUGGAACUUCCAGAUCAAGAAGGUUCUCAAGCCAGAUGUCUUCCAGGAGUUUGAGCUUCAGGAGAAGACCGUCAUCUCUCACAAUGUCGCCAUCUACCGCUUCAAGCUCCCUUCGUCCAAGUCUAUUCUCGGCCUACCCAUCGGUCAGCACAUCUCGAUCGGCGCCCCUCUCAAGCAGCAAGAUGGCACAACCAAGGAGAUUGUGCGCUCAUACACCCCAAUCUCCGGCGACCACCAGCCCGGAUACUUUGAUCUCUUGAUCAAGUCCUAUCCCCAGGGUAAUAUCUCCAAGCACAUGGCUUCCCUGGUGGUUGGCCAGGCCAUUCGCGUCCGUGGGCCCAAGGGUGCCUUCGUCUACACACCCAACAUGGUCCGCCACUUCGGCAUGAUUGCUGGCGGCACCGGAAUCACCCCUAUGCUCCAGAUCAUCCGUGCUAUUAUUCGUGGCCGCGCCGACGGCGACAAGACUCAGGUCGACCUGAUCUUUGCCAACGUGACGCCCCAGGACAUUCUCCUGAGAGAGGACCUUGACGCCCUGGUAAAGGAGGACAGCGGCAUUCGCAUCCACUACGUCCUGGACAACCCUCCUGAGGGCUGGACCGGUGGUGUCGGCUACGUCACCGGUGACAUGAUUACCAAAUGGCUCCCUAAGCCCGCCGACGACGUCAAGAUUCUCCUCUGCGGUCCUCCCCCCAUGGUUAGCGGCCUGAAGAAGACCACCGAGAGCCUGGGAUACAAGAAGGCCCGUCCCGUCAGCAAGCUCGAGGACCAGGUCUUUGCUUUCUAA